AUGGAGACCAGCCUCCAAGCUGCCAUCGACGCCGGCAAGAUCAACGGCGCUGUAAUCUGCGCCACAGACAGCGAAGGCCAUUUCAUAUACAACAAAGCCUUGGGAGAGCGCACUCUCCUUUCAGGUGACAAGAAGCCCCAACAGCUCGAUGAUGUCUUAUACAUAGCCUCAGCCACCAAACUAAUCACCACCAUCGCCGCCCUCCAAUGCGUCGAAGACGGCCUACUCACUCUAGACGGCGAUCUCUCCACCAUCGCCCCAGACCUCACAGCAAAGGAAAUCCUCACCGGCUUCGCCGAUGACGGAACUCCCCAACUCGAACCACCCGCCCGCCCCAUCACCCUCAAGAUGCUCCUCACACACAGCUCCGGGCUGUGCUACUAUUUCAUGAACCCGCUCAUCGCCAAGUGGCGCAAGCAGCUCCCCAUCACCAAACCCACUCCCCUCCCCGUCGAAGAGAGGUUCAAUUACCCCCUAAUCUUCCAGCCCGGCGAGGCCUGGACGUACGGACCGAGUCUCGACUGGGCGGGACGCAUAGUAGAGCGCGCAACGGGCGGUACACUACUAGAAUACAUGCAGCGACGACUCUUCGAUCCCCUCGACAUCAAAGAUGCCCAGUUCUACCCCGUCAUCCGGGAAGACCUGCGCGCGCGUCUCGUCGACCUAACCCCCACCGACCGCGACGCAGCCGGGCAAGCGGUUCUCGGGGGCGGCGGGGUAAUCAAUCUGCGGGGACGGGGAGAUUUCGGGGGCCAGGGACUAUUCAUGACGGGCGUGGACUUUGCCAAGGUUCUGCGUUCUUUGUUGGCGAAUGAUGGGAAGAUGCUUAGACCUGCUACCGUUGAUGAUAUGUUUCGGCAUCAGCUUUCGCCGGAGGCAACGGAUAGUUACUCAGAUGCGCUUGCUAGUCCUGGCGGGGUGUCUUUUCGUGUUGGUAUUGGUGCGGAAAUGAAGGCUGGAUAUGGGUUUGGGGGUUUGUUGACGCUGGGGGAUGUUGAGGGGUGGUAUGGGGAGCGGACUUUGACGUGGGGUGGCGGUCAUACUCUCACUUGGUUUGUUGAUCGGAAGAAUGACUUGUGUGGUGUUGGGGCUGUUCAGGCUGCGUUGCCGCUUGAUAAUGACUUGAUGGAUGAGCUGAAACACACUUUCCGGCAUGAUGUUUAUUGUAAACGUGUGGCAUGGAGGGAGGAGCAACUAAACGGUAUGGUUGGAAGGGAGGGUUACGUUCCACCUGGUGGGCGUGUAUUUGAUCGGAAGAUGUGA